CCUUGUCUUUGCCAUUGGACAGAAAGAAAGACCUUGUGUGGUUGAUGAGUAACAGUGAGAUCAAAGAAGGGAAGCGUCAGCCCGAAAGCCCAUUUAAAGAGACAUUAGAUAAUAGUCCUAACUAUGGCUAAGUUUCGUGGAGCAGUGGACUUCCUCAACCACUGAGAAAACAUAUCAUCUCCUCACUUCUCCUUUUGGUUCAAUACUUAAAAAGGAUUUCCUGUUGUUGCAUGCUCCGUGAGUUUGUGUAGGUGGCCAUGAUGCAGUGAAUGCAUUCAGGUUGUCAAUACCACACCUACGAACACAACCUAUGACACGGUACGGCUGCGGCUCCACUGAUUCAAAAUGAAAAUGGGAAGUGCCGUCUUCCUGUAGUUUCCGGUCGGGUGCAACUUUACGUUCACACACUUGCAUCGAAUGGCCCCACGCAGGCGCGGCUUGACGCCACUUUCGAAUCACGUAGUGGUGACUGCCAGUGGAAAAGAAAACUUCAUUACUCACUCACGCCAGUUUCUGCAGCUUUCCAGCUCUCUGCAAGUGGUUUUCCUGUGUCCUCAGGGAUAUGUAUAAAAAGGUAAGCGACACAACUGUCUGCAUUUCCAGCAAAUCUUUCGAAAAGCCUCUUUUGGUGAUCUGGUGCCUGCUGCUCACACUGAGAAUAUGAAGUUGGUUGUUUUUUGCCUUUUUGCAGUCUGCUGCAGCUCUUUGGCCAGCACGUCGGCCAAUCGCACCGGCAAACCAAUGUAUAAGAAAAAAAUAGAAGAAGUCCGGAGACAUUUGAAUAUUUGGAGAGGAAGACUGCAGGUAGGUUCAUCUACAUUUACUUUUUCACAACUUCGCCCAUGUAUGGUCGCAGUUCUCAUUAUUAAGUACAAUGUUCUUUGUUUUGUCUCGCAGCACAAUGAGCAGAUGGAGCUGAGUACUCCACCAAGGAAUAUUGAGGACUGCUGCUGUCUGUCAGCAUGGCAAUGCUUCCGGGCAAAUCUGAAUGUGCAAUUCAACGUUACAGAAAUCCGUAACAAACAACUCUACAGGGGCCUCCACAGUCACAUCACUGAGAAAGGACUUUGCAAUUCUUCUGAUUCAGGAAAUGCUCAGUCCACCUGCCAAGACUGCGCCUCGCAACCAAAGGAAAAUGCCAGGGAAUUCUUCGACAGACUGGAGAAUCUUAUGCUAAAGGCCAUAACCAGACUGAGCAUGGACUGAGAAGCCUUGUGACCAAGGAUUGAAUGUAGAGAAGACACUACGCUGAAAAUAUAUUUAACAUGUUAUAGCCUUCUAAAUAUUUAACUUAUUAAUUUAUUGACAUAGUGGUGGUGAACCCACUCAAGCUAUGAUGAAGAUUGUAUUCUCAGGAAAACUGCUUUGCUGCCCCCAAGCGGACUUUGUAGUUGUUUAUUUUUUCACAUUCUCUUUUUCACUGAAAGUGAAAGUUAAUUUAUAUGUUGUAAUUCUCAAAGAAUAUAAAGUAUAUGAUGACAUAUCUACUAUUUAUGACUUACCUUAGUACAGGAUUUUCUUUUUUAUUGAAAUAAUUGUACCAUUUGAAAAUAUUAAAUUGAUAACAACA